AUGAAGUUCAUCGCCGCCGUCCUUGCUCUGGCCACUGUUGCCUUUGCCUACCCCACCGUCAACAUGAAUGCCCCGGUCAAGCGUCAAAACAUUGUCACCGCCGACGUCUCGGCCCCGGCCAUGACCGAUGCCUCUGGCAACGUCGUUCCGUUUGACGCCACCAGGGUUGACCAGGCCCGCCGCAAGCUCUAA